UUUAUAUAUGUGAUAUUUUUAGGUGAUAUCACGAAGUAGGUGGGGCUAAUUUGUCUUGUUUAAAUCGGAAUGAAUCUCAUCUCAUCCUCGUUCUGGUGCAGCAGACUGUCGGGUGAGCCAAAGAUGUUGCGGUUUGGACUGGUUUGGCUGGUUUGUAGCCUCAGCGCAGUUUUUGAGACUACUGUGGGGCCGCAUGCAGCUGCUAUAAAUGGGUGUGACAGAGAAAUCCACCAGAAAACCAAGCCCAAGCACUGUGAGAAUCAGAUUCAUCCAGGCGCAGGUCUCUCAUGUUGUGGAAAGGAGGCUUACAACCCUGCAGCCGCCACAUGCUGUAGAGAAAAACAUGGACCCAACGUGACAGCUGUUGUCACAGAGGGUCUCAGUGAAAUGGUGUCAGCUUGCUGCGGACUGAGUGCCUACAGUCCGGUCAAUGAAAUAUGCUGUAACUCAACUGUCGUAACCAAAUCUGUGGCAUUCGCCCAGUGCUGUGACGAAGUGGCUUAUGAUGAGGACACACAACUCUGCUGUGGUCCGCUGAAUAAGAGGAUGGUCCAGGAUAGAAAAUCCAGGGAUCACCAGUGUUGUGAAUACAAGCAGUUCAAUACUACGAGUCAGUGCUGCUGUUCGACCAAUGUAUCUCUUGAAAUACAUGAAAAACGCCACGAGUGCUGCAAAAGAAUGUCAGCUGUCUGUGGAAACGAGACCUACAACGAAAACAUGGAACUCUGCUGUCAGUUAACUGUUGUAAAAAAACCCGAAUCAGUGCUCAACGCUCAGUGCUGUGGUAAAGUGGCUUAUGAUGAGAACACGCAGCUCUGCUGUGGUCCGCUGGAUAACAGGAGAGUCCUGGAAAGAAAAUCCGAGCAUCACCAAUGUUGUGGACAAGAGCAGUUCAACACUACGAGUCAUUGCUGCUGUUUUAUGAAUGGAUCUCUUGAAAUACUUACUAAACACUCCAAGUGCUGCGUAGAGGAGACAGCUGUCUGUGGAAACGAGACCUACAACGAAAACAUGGAACUCUGCUGUCAGUUAACUGUUGUAAAAAAACCCGAAUCAGUGCUCAACGCUCAGUGCUGUGGUAAAGUGGCUUAUGAUGAGAACACGCAGCUCUGCUGUGGUCCGCUGGAUAACAGGAGAGUCCUGGAUGGAAAAUCCGAGCAUCACCAAUGUUGUGGACAAGAGCAGUUCAACACUACGAGUCAUUGCUGCUGUUUUAUGAAUGGGUCUCUUGAAAUACUUGCCAAACACUCCAAGUGCUGCGUAGAGGAGACAGGUGUGCAGCCUCUGAUACCUGGACCUCAACCCACCUGCUCUGGUCCAGAAAAAAGCAUCUGUGGGUCAUCUUGUUACAACCCAAAGAAGUUACGCUGCUGUGAAAAGAAGCAGUCUAACCGGUGCUGCACCACAGGUCAGUGUAACGCUGCGGCUGCAGUGUAUAACCCAGAAACAGAUGUCUGCUGUGACGGCCACGUGAGGAAGCUUCAGCAAGAUCAACGCCGUGGCUCACCGGAACACUGCUGUGGGACUGAAGUCUAUCGGCCUCUUACUGAGAUCUGCUGCGACGGACACAGACAUGGCAGAGAAAAAAACGUGCACUGCUGUGGAGCUCAAGCCUACCACAUUAAGGACGCACACAUGAAGUGCUGCGCUGGGACACUGUACAACCUGACACUGCUGGGAUAUAAGGGGCGGUGCUGUGGGUCCAUACUGCAAAAAACAGAGGAUGUUUGCUGCUCACAUGAGGACAAGAAGGUGCCCUGGUCUUUCAAGGUGGGAUUCAGAUGCUGCGGUCACCUCUACUACAACACCUCUCUGUGGGACUGCUGUGCGGGGAAACUGAGUCCAAUCCACGGACCAGGACACCAUCAGAACAAGACAAUUGAGGAAGAAAGCCUUCAGUCACUGAACAAUCUGAGUGAAGAGGAACUCUGUGAAGAACUGCUAGUCGGGAUUGUGGAAAGCGUGUCCCCGCACAGCAUCAUAUUCAGCAGCAUUGUGAAAGUCUGUGGAAAAACAGGAGUUGUGGAAGUUCUGCCCUCGCUUCAGACCCUGAACACAUCGGAUCACUGCAACUUCCCUACACUGAUUCAUGGAAUGACCUAUUUCUUCAACAGAUCCAAUAUCUUCACUGAUCCCAACCAUGACUCCGUUCUCCAGUCAAUCCAUUUCAUAUUUUGCAAGUGUGGUAAUUGUUUGUUCACAGCUGGUUAACAUGUUUGCUUGGGUUGGAUAGAUCACUUGGGUGUCAGCCAUUACUCAUCACUUAUUGGAAAAGUAGUUACAUUACUGUACUAAUCACUCACCAGCAGCAGUUAUCACUUACAUAAUCUGUUACAUUACUCUGUCACUCUGUCCAUUUCCUCUGAAGGUGCCUUUCAACAACUCCGAAGCCUGCUAUGAGCUAUGGGCCAGUCCUUACUGCGUAAUGUGGAGUUGAUGAAGCAAUUUUACAUUGUGAAGUACACUUGCAGAUCUGUUUGGCUGACUCAAGAAGGACCUAAUACCCCCACAAACGGCAGCUCUUACCGUUUACACUGAGGAGAUGACAGUGGUGACUCAGGGCAAUCCUUGCACACAGCUAGAUCCAGAGAGAUAGCAUCUUCUUGACAACUCUGGCAUAGGGCAAAGCUGAAGUUUACAGUUAAAAUGAUAUUAGGUUAGAGAGAUGAUAAUUUAGACGUUACUAGUACACCAUUAAAUUAACUGAAAUCAUUACAGAAUCAUUUAUAUUUAAAGAAUGACAGCAAAAAUGUGGCUGACUCAAGACGCAGUGAUGAUCAUUAUCAGUCAGAGCCAUAAAAUUUGUCAUACAUUGUAGCACUUUUAGAAUUAUUGAUUGUAAAUUGUACAGGGGGCAAAAUUAUCGUACAAAUACGAUAAUUCUCAUUGAAACACAUUGAAAUACUAUUUAGAAAAUUAGUCAAAAUUAGCCAAUUACUCUGUGGAAGUUUGACAAUUUAUAGUAUUUAAUGUAAUAUUUAUGAUAAAUGAAAAAAAACAAAAAGAUUACAAAGUCUUAACAAAACCUGGUGAUUCCUUUAUGAACUUUUACCAAAGGUUUAUCAGUUAACUUAGCUAAUUAUUAUUUAUUGAAAAUAAUAAUAUAUUAUUUAACCAGUUAAAAGCCUAGUUGAGAUUAAACUCUUUCAAGAGUUAGCUGACCAAGGAAGCAGCAUUUUUUGUACAACAGUAACCACAAUAGAAACAGACAUAUAAAACUGUCAGCACACUAUCAGGCAAACAAACAACUUGUAAACAGGAACAAUUUACCAAAACUGUUUCAGCUGAGAUUGAAGAACAAUCCCACUGACAAAGACCACCAUUCUUGUGAUCUUUUGAAAUAUACUUAAUGUUGGGAAAGCCAUCUCUGAAUCUCUGAGUUGUUGUCCUGACGAUAAUUCCGACAGCACAUGAAUGCACAGCAAGUUAACACGUCCUAAACAGUCAAAUAAGCCAACAUGCUGAAGUAUAUUAGACAUACACUUUACACUGUCCUACUUGGUGCACAGUGACAUAUUUGCAUGUGUACCAUGAAGCAUCAUGCUAGGAUGCACUCCCAAAGAUUGACAGCAGCAGUACAAGCUGUAGAGGCUGAGAUGAGGAGAAGACGACAGUCCAAAAAGUGUCUGAUUUCUUCUUUGCUGUCAUGACAGCUGGUAGCAUGCUAGAUGUAUGUAUAUCUCAUUUUUCACAUAAGCUAAACAGCUAUCAGCUAACAGGUAUGUCUUUCAUUCUUGGGCUGAAUGACAAAAUUGCAGCUGAUUACUCACUUGAACAGCUGUACUGUAUGUUAUUAACAUGAUUUAAUAAAGCCAGUGAUCGAUAAUCAUUUGUUAAAAAUAUCAGGGAUACAAAUAUGCUAUAAAGAACCAAAACCCAGGUAUUGUAAUUAUCAGUCCUGUUCUCCUUAUUUGCCAUAUUUCAAGUAAUCGUAAUUUCUGUACUGUUAUACACAAUUGAGGAAAUGGUGGCUCAUAUGCAUUUGUUGUACUGUACUGUACUAUAAUUUCAUUUAAGCUAGAAAUCACAUUUUCAUUACGCAAAAAAUAUUUUCAGUAGAAGUAACAGAAACUCAUGAGAUUGCAUGUUUAAGUGUCUUUAAUGGCAAAGCUGGUAUACACAUUUUUAAAUUGCAUGUUUAUUUUUUUGAUAUAUGAGAGAAGAUGACUUCUAUGUUUUGAAAUAAAGUUUUAACCAAAUAAAAGCAGUUUAAAGGAA